AUGAACGUGGGCACGGCACACAGCGAGGUGAACCCCAACACGCGGGUAAUGAACAGCCGGGGCAUCUGGCUCUCCUACCUGCUGGGCAUCGGCCUGCUGCAUGUCAUCCUGCUCAGCAUCCCCUUUGCCAGCGUGCCCGUGGUCUGGACCCUCACCAACCUCAUACACAACCUGGUGGGUAGUGCGCACCUUAGUAGGCUAUGCCUAGGGGCACCAGUGCAUCUCACUCACCCACUGUAUAACAUAAGUGCUGUAGGUGGAUGGUCCAGUCACUGUUAUUGCACACAAUGGUAGUCUCCAUAAGCAAACUACUCUGCAGUCUGCACUGUCAUUAGGAGUGGGCUGAGUGAAAGUGAAUCAAAUCAAUAGUCCAUGGGGCAGUCUUGAGCAUUUGCCCCAGUUUGUGGCAUUUUCAUUGCUAUAAAAUUCACAGAACAGAUCAGUUUCCACAUCCUUUUUCAAAAUGAAUCGUUUUGCGGUUCUAGGCUACUGAACAUUUCACAGUAUCACUUUUGCCCAUACUGUUUUCUAUAUACCAGCUAAAGCUUUCCUGACCGACUAUUCUGUGCUGUGUGUGUUGCAGUGCAUGUACCUGUUGUUACACUUGGUGAAAGGAACCCCGUUUGAGACUCCGGACCAGAGCAAGGCUCGCUUCUACACAUACUGGGAGCAGAUGGACUAUGGUGUCCAGUUCACUGCCUCACGCAAGUUCCUCACCAUCACCCCCAUUGUCCUGUAAGGACCUUUACACUACCUUAUGCUUUAUAGACAAUUUAUAAAAUAUUAGUCUAUUUACCUCUUAUAAUCCUUUAUAAAGUAUCAUUUAAUGCAACAGGUUACAUUGGUAUUUUAGUAGUAAUAGGACUGUGGGCCUCCCGAGUGGCGCAGCGGUCUAAGGCACUGCAUCGCAGUGCUAGAGGCUUCACUACAGUUCGAUCCCAGGCUGUGUCGCAGCCGGCCGCGACCUGAAGACCCAUGAGGCGGCGCACAAUUGGCCCAGCGUCGUCCGGGUUAGGAGAGGGUUUGGCCGGCAGGGAUGUCCUUGUCCCAUCGCGCUCUAGCGACUCCUUGUGGCGGGCCGGGAGCAUGCACGCUGACUUCGGUCGCCAGUUGUACAGUGUUUCCUCCGACACAUUGGUGCGGCUGGCUUCCGGGUUAAGCGAGCAGUGUGUCAAGAAACAGUGCGGCUUGGCAGGGUCGUGUUUCGGAGGACGCAUGGCUCUCGACCUUCGCCUCUCCCGAGUCUGUAGGGGAGUUGCAGUGAUGGUACAAGACUGUAACUACCAAUUGGAUAUCACGAAAUUGGGGAGAAAAAGGGGUAAAAAGUACACAAAAAAUAAAUAAAUAAAAGUAAUAGGACUGUGACGUGAAGCAUUAGCCUAUUUUUUAAGUACUGUUUGUUUCCCCACUGUCCUUGUUAAUGACUUCAGCAGCCUCAUCCAGCCAGUCUGUGGGCAGUGGGGAGUAUGGGCUGCAGUGGUGCCUGCUGUCAGCGGAAGGCUCUAUUUAAAGACACUGCUGACAGAUGCUUUGUCACUAAUGCUUAGUCAAUGAACCAUGAUGGAUCUAUUUGCAGAUACGUCCUCUUCUGAAUUUUUUGGGAGGAUAAAUUACAUUUUUAUUUUAGUCCUUGUCACUUUGAUCUUCAAAAGUCCUCCACAACAGUUGACAUGUUCACAUGUGGCAUUGUGAAUUGGAAAGACAUGUAACUGUCGACCAAAAAAACAGAUACCUGUUCAGGGAGACCUUCACCCAGCUACAGUCUUUCUUUGACCUACCCUUUCUUUCUCUCCCUCAUACAUUCUCCCUCUCCCCAUAGCUACAUCCUCACCAGCUUCUACACCAAGUAUGACCGGGCCCACUUUGUGUUCAAUACGGUCUCCCUGAUGACAGUGCUCAUUCCCAAACUCCCCCAGCUUCACGGAGUCCGGAUCUUUGGAAUUAACAAGUACUGAUGGGGCGGAAGAGGACACCGCCAUUCCUCCAUCUCCCUGUGGACUGUGAACACAGAGUAUCAGGCCCCUCCGCAUUGGCCCCCGGCCCAUAGGGAUCCAUGGCCCCUCUCUGGCUCCCAGUGCUAUUGAGCACUCUGCUAAAUGAAACCUAUGGACGAUACUCAACACAGAAUUGACUUAAAGAGCUCGGCUGGGUCCAAGCUCCUAUGUGGUCCUAUUGAAGCUGUGUUGUGGUGUUUAUUUGUGGUUCCCUUUAUGU